GGUUUCUCAAUUUCUUGUACAGCCUUACGACAAAUACCGACCAUCGGUCGGUGAUGAGUCGUUUCUGAAAGCGCCCUCAAAGAGGGUGCAAAACUGACCGGAAUAGCCGGUAAAAGGUCAUAAAAGAAGCGAAUGGAAACCCCACAACCCCCUCAUAUCAAACCGCUACGUGGCCGAUCUUAUCCGUUUCCAAUCCCUCCACCCUUUAAAAAUAGUAAACCCCCAACUAUUAAGCCACCUCUCUCCCACCUUCUUUUCCAUUUUUGCUGUCCAAAAAAGCUCUCUCUCACACACUCUCUUUCUGAAAAUCUUAAGCUUUAUCUCUUCGAACCCCUUCUAUAUGGCUGCGAAUCUCAUCCCCUUCCGACCAUCCCGGAUCCGAGCUUGCGCGACGUCGGACCACCGGAAUCCCGAUCAGAACCGUCCAACAAGCGUCUCGUCGCCCAACUGGUGGACCCCGAUCUUCGGAUGGUCCGCUGAGCCCGACUACAUCGACUCGGGGAGCAACAAGCAGAUCCACAACGGCUCCGAGAAAUCGGACCAGGAUCUCUACCCGAAGUCUUCCCGAACCAAGUUCACCCCGGGUUCCUUCACGGAGGAGAAGGCGAGACAGCUCCGGAUGAUGACGAAGGAGACGGAAUCGUUUCACGACGUCAUGUACCACUCCGCCAUCGCCUCCCGCCUAGCCUCGGAUUUCAAGAAAAGCUCCGAUCUGUGACCUGCGGCGAGCUAAGGAUAUAUUUGGAGAUCCGUAGUAUCGGAUUUUUAUAUGUAUUUUUUUUCUUUUAAUUCAACCUUUUCUUUGCAAAAUUUAAGAUAAAGAAAAGUGGAAAAUGUUAAUAUUAGGUGAUGUAAUUACGUAGUUAAUGCUGUUAAUUAAUUGCGUGAUGGACACGACGAUGUAGAAUUUAUGGAUAAAGAUGUGAUGUUUUCAGAA